AUGGCUAAGAAGAGAUCACCACCACAUGGGAACAAAUGUGCGAUCGGUCCUAGUCGGCGAUCGAGGUCGCUGUUUGGUCCCGACCGACCAUCAAGCGAACUUCUCACGGAUGUAGCCCAAAAGGAUACCGACACCGGGAUACGCCCGAGAAAAGUCGAGAAGCAGAAACUUUACAAACAUGGUAAAAUCUCACCCUCUUUUCAAUCGUUUCGUGCUAGCUUAUGCCGGUUUACGUACACAGGGGGCACGGAAGAACUCGAAACUCAGAAGACUGAAAAUGCGAAAUCAAGUAUCGCAGGUCGGAUGCUAGAACGCAAGGCCCUGCUUUAUCCGACAGUGGAAGAUGACUUGUCAAGGGAAAGUAGUACAGGUCACCAGGUGGCUAUAUCAAUGGCAGAGUUGUUAAGUAACCGGCAAAGGGACGGCAUAGAUGCCCCCUUGAGGGAUGCAGCGUCUCCUUCUACCACCCCCGAGAAACAAACUCGGUACUGCGAGGGCGGGCUGGCCGCAACACUCGGAGCGACUGGCCCACUGCCUGACAUUGAUAGACGGAGCCAUGUCUCAUCACCGUUCAAGAUAGCGAGCCUCGCCUUUGCAUCCGACGGGUGUCUGAGCUGUGUAUCUACCACCUGCUGGCUUUCGAAUUUCAAAGACAACCAAAAUCUUGUGUUCCAGCCGUCGUCCCCAGUGCAGGUGCCCUCUACCUUCGAUACUGGCAUUGAUCCCCAACUACUUUUGAAAUGCUCCAGUUAG